AAAAAAACAUGCACACAACUAGACCAAAGAGGAGGCGGUUGUCAACAGAGUAAAAACAGCGAGAGUUGCGGAACAAAAGGACAAAUAAAAGAGGAAAGAGGAACGCCGGCUGUCUACAACCUCUGUCCGAGGCCCCGUCCGGUGCCAGCUGGAGAGAGUCGACCGAGGCAGAGAGCGCACAGGAACGGGCUACUGGAGUGAGAAAGCUUCGCUGAACGGACCACCGCUGGAGCUCCUCUCUGUGACUGACAUUCUAUGCAAGGACAGUGCAGCUCAUUCUUAUCGCAAUUAAAGUGGAAGAGGCUGUGUCCUGUUACAGACCGGUGGCCUGUUUUGUUGUCAAGUGAUGGAUUCCCCUACAGAUCUUUUUGAGGACUCUACUCCCCAGAUACACACAUUUGCCCCCCCUCUCUGCUCCACAGACGUGUCUGGCGUUCAUCCUCAGCCAAGUACAGGUCGUCCACCUCCAACCUUCAGACCCCCUGGUUUUCCCCUCAUCCACCACCUCCUCCAGCCAGGUGGAGCCCCCAGGAGGAUUGGAGGGCAACUCCACACACAUAAUACAAACCUCACCAUGCACAGACACCAGGAGGACAGAAAUGUGGAUGAAGAUGGAGGAGAGGGGGAUGGACGGGUGGAGCAAGGGACGGAAGGAGGAGAUGAGGGAGUGAUGGACGGAGAGGACGGCUUGUUGGGGAUGAAGAAGAGGCACAGCGAUGCAAACCUUGCGUCCGAGUGGAGUCAAGACGUCUUGAGAGUCAAGAGGAUGAAGCUCGAGAGCCGACGGAGAGAUGGGGAGACAGAGGAGGGAGGCAGGAAGCGUGAGGGAGGGAGAGAGGGGAGGAGACGAGAGAGAGAGGAGCUGAAAGAGCAGUUGGAGGAGGCAAGGGAGAGACUGCAGGCCCUACAGGAGAAAGUUUGGAGAGCCUUUGGGGAAAAGCACAUGACAGAGGAGGAGAAGAAAAGGAGGAGUGGAAAUGGAAACAGAGGAGAAGGAGCUGUAGGGAUAAUAGAAGAUGAGGACAUUGCAGAAGGGAUGUAUGAUGAAGAGGACAUUGAUGGGGGGGAGAUGGAAAAGGAAUCUUUCUCCCUUCUCUCCGCUUCCCCUUUCGACAACUUCCACAACCACAAACGAAGAGAAGAGCAGCAAAAAGAUAGAGAGGGGAGGAUGGAGAGAGGGAGAGGAGGAGGGUUACACUUGGAGGGCGUGAUGGAGGGAGUGGGGUUGUGGUUGGAUUGCGGCGGGCUGGUGAGAGGAGAUUGGGAUGGAGGGAUAGAAGAAGAGGGCGAGGAGGGAGGGCAGAAGUUUGCUCAGGCGCUGAAGCUGGAGCUGGGCAGCGCCGUGGCUCGGGUCAUCGACCGCGUCCUCCGCCUUUACACCGAAACCGCCGAUUUCGCCCCUUCCUCUCCUCCCGCCGCCAUCUCUUUCCUCCCGUCGGACACGGGUAACGAUGGAGGGAGGGAGAGAGGGGUGUGGAUGGGACUGUUAACUAGAGGAAGAGGAGAGGAGAAGAUGGGAGGUAAGGAGGAGAAGAUGGGAGGGCACGAUGGAGAAAGAGAGAAGCAGCUCCAGAAAAUGAGCAACGGAAGCAGCUUGCAUCCAGAUCAGUCGCAUCGCAAUGAACAAUCAGAUCUGGCGAUGCCGUUGGUUGUUCAAAGGUCACCUGACAUACGGAAGGCCCACCCGCUCCUCGGCCCACCUCUCCCUUCUCACCUGAACCACUCUCACCCCAACCUCUCCCUGCAUCACCCCUCUCUGUCUCGUCCCCCUCCUCUUUCUCACCCUCCCCUCUUACCUCCAGCUUCACAAUCCAAGGACCCAUCCUCCUCCUUCCACCCGUCCUCAUCCUCCUCUUCUUCCUCCUCGUCCUCCUUCCCUGCACCUCCCCCUCCUCCUCCUCCACCUCCUCCUCUCCCUCUCCCGCUCCUCCACUACUCCAUGCAGCAGCUGUUCUCUCGCUCUCUCCACCACCCUCAGCUCGCCCACCUACCUCCGUCCCGCAAGGACUAUCUGAACUCGGAUCCCUUCUUGGAGUUCCCGUCUCACCCGUCAUUCCCCCCACUCCCCCUGCUUGGUCACCUGGACCCCUCCCUUGCACGCCACGCUCACGGAGGAAGAGAGAGGGAGAGGGGGAUCAGGGGAGACGGUGGGAUGAGAGGAGGAGGAGGGAUGGACGGAGGAGAGCUCUACCUGACAGCUGGGGGAGUAUACACCCAGGAGGGCUUGUCUCCCUGCCACUUGAAGAAAGCCAAGCUCAUGUUCUUCUACGCACGCUAUCCCAGCUCCAACACGCUCAAGACGUACUUCCCUGAUGUCAAGUUUAACCGCUGUGUGACCUCCCAGAUGAUUAAAUGGUUCAGCAACUUCAGAGAGUUCUUCUACAUCCAGAUGGAGCGUUUUGCACGACAGGCUGUCCGCGAGGCUCUCAUCCGGGAUGGUGCACCUCGUGUGGGCAGAGAGAGCCAGCUGCGAGUGGGUCGAGAUACAGAGCUUUAUCGCAUACUGAACAUGCACUAUAAUAAAAGUAACGUCUACCAGGUCCCAGAGAGGUUUAUCGAGGUGUCAGACAUCGCUCUGAGAGAGUUUUACUCGGCCAUUUGGACCGGGAGAGACAGCGACCCCUGCUGGAAGAAAGGGAUAUAUAAAAUCAUCUGUAAACUUGAUAGUCCUGUACCAGAUGCCUUCAGACUGCCUGGCUGUCCUGUCGGCUGAC